GUGGCGCUCUCCACAUGCACCUACCUACCGUCUGAGGGAUCCGGGGCGCUCAAUGACGUCAGCAGCAGGCCGUUAGGGCGGUUUGUAGCUCCUCCCCCGCGGGUCCCCGGUGGCAGUGACGUGCUAGUGUGACUCUCUGAUGCCAUAAUGUACAGUUCAAUCCAAGCGCAGAGCAUGGCAUCAAGCACCCAUACCCUCUCAUCCGACCCUACUGCUUCUACAGGGCCCAGAGGUUCCAGGGAAGUCAUGGGGAAUGAACAGGCCAUGAAUUUUACAGCCACUGACUUAAACAUAGUGGAAAUGACUGAGGUGGAGUAUACACAGCUUCAGCAAAUCCUUUAUUCACACAUGGACGCUCAAGCCUCAGAGGGGGAAAUGGAGGCCAAGCUUAACUCUUCUUUCUACACAGCCAGCAACUCAUCAAGCCUUUCCCAGUAUCUAUCCUCCAGUGUGAAAAACCAAACCAGCUUCACUACUUCUAGUUCAGGAGGGCCCAGUGUUCACCAUGGAAUAUACCAGUCAGCUCUGGUGUCUGAGAGUAGCAUGCUUACUUCCAACCAUUCCCUUGGACCCCCAGACUUUAAGGACUUUAAGUCGCUAAUGCUGAACGAGUCCCACCUGACUUUAAACCAAGCUGAGAAGACUCCGAGCGAGAAUAAUAAAGAUCCCAAGAGGUUAAGCUUGGCCCGAGUACAGCAUUGUGAUAAUACUGGUGGAACCAAUAAAGAAAAUGAGAACUUGCUGCCAAAUUGCGAAGCCAGGUCUAAAUCCACAGUUCGUGUUCGGUUAGAGGACAGAUUCAACAGUAUGAAGGCUGAAAUGCCCAGGUCGCAAGAACUGCAGGAGUCUGGGGUUCCCAUGAACAAUUUGGUGAACCUAAUUCGCCACCCUUCGCAACUCAUCGGCGUCCAACAGCAGAGCAAGUGUUCCACGCUGGUGAAAAAUAAAGCAUCGCCUGGCACAUCUGCACUACCGUUUGCUUACCCAGUGUUCACAAGUGGCAGCAAUUCUAGUGGGAAUGGAAAUAGUUCCCAAAGCCAGACCAGUUCCUCUGCAGGCUGCAUGAGUUCUUGCCCUCUCUCCGAAGUAUCCAUACACCAGGAAUUAUCGAUGCCAAGGACAUUUUCCUUUUGCUAUCAGCAGGAAGUUGAACCGGCUAAUCAGACUGUAGGCACGCAAAAUAAACACUUACCUGAUCAAGUGUGGAUAAAAGUGGGAGGUGCUUUAUUUUCUAAACUAGCACUCCACAAAAGAAGUCGUGGUCGAAUGCGCCAGCUGGACACCAGCGCCGAACAGAACGUGCUUAAUGACAUACAGAAUGUGCUCGACGGUCAAAGCAAGACAACUUCUUUGCCAUCCACACAACCAAAUGUUAGUGAGUCCACAGUGGGCAGCCAGAAACAAUCAGGAACUUCUCAGCGGCGGGAGAAGCAUAACCGUAUGGAGAGAGAUAGACGGCGCAGAAUAAGGGUUUGCUGUGAUGAACUGAACAAUUUAGUUCCGUUUUGUAAUGUUGACACAGAUAAAGCCACAACUUUGCAAUGGACUACUGCAUUUCUGAAAUAUAUCCAGGAGAGACAUGGAGAAUCACUCAGAAAGGAAUUUGAAAGUGUAUUUUGUGGAAAAACAGGAAGACGAUUAAAAUUGAAGUCAUCUGAAGGCUUAAGGGCUGGCCUUGUUCAGGAGAUGGCCCAGAGAAGCUCAGCCACAGGUAUCCAGUAA